CUUCUACUAUUUAUAUAUAUAUAUAUAUACAUGCUCUUGGUCCCAUUUCAUGUCUCUUCAUCCCUCCCCCACUCUUAAAUACCUCAAAUCCACCAUCUUAAUCCCCUAGAUCAUCUAAAACCUCUUUGUUAUACUUGGAUUCUACAAAGAUUUACUCUAUUUCAAAUUAAUUAUCGUGUAAUUACGAUCAGAUUAGAUAAUUUUGUAUGAUGUAUAUGUAGUAUUAUUUAACUUUUUGUGUGUGUUAAGGUUUGUUUUCGGAGUGUUAAAUUUUUUUUGGGUGGGAAAGACUUAUAGAUUUAUCACCUAAUUAAGCCAAGAGGUAUUGUUGUUCUUCAUAUAUGACAUUUUAGCUAGAAAUUAUUUUCUUAGUUAUUCUCUCUUCGGUUGCUUGAGUACUUCUAAGGUUUUGUAACUAAUUUGUUACAAAAAAGAACAUGGAGUGCUUGCAAGAAAAGAAGAAGAAAGGGAGUAUAUUGAAGAAGACAUGGGAAAGAUGCAAGUCAUUUAACCAUGGUCAACCGCAAACUUGUUCCCUUUUAAUAACACCAUUACGUCGCCGUCCUAUGGUUAAGAGCAAGUCUUGGUCAACCUUUUUUCCUACGUCCCCACUCAGCCCGCGAGUUGAAAAGUUGGUCGGAUCCAAUAAGAACAACUCGCGGGUAGGUCUUAUAUCACCUAAGGGUUGUUUAUCGGUCUAUGUGGGACCCGAUAAACAAAGAUUUGUGCUCAAAAUUGAGUGCACGAAUCAUCCACUUUUUAGGAUGUUACUUGAAGAAGCGGAAUCAGUAUAUGGGUUUCAAAGUGAUGGUCCGUUGUUACUACCUUGUGAAGUCCACAUAUUCCUCAAGAUUUUGUAUGAAAUGGAUGGUAAUGAUGAUUAUGAUGAUCAAACUAAUACCAAUUCAAGGUGUGGCUUCCCAAGGAAUCGUAGUUCUUACCACCUUCUCAACCCAUCUGAUAGAUUGAUCUCUUGAAUUCAUUCACUAUAUAUAUAUAUAAGUUAUGAAAAUCCUUAAAAAGAGCUUAAAAUAUCUUAUUUUCUUGCUCUUAAAUUGGCAUAAGCUUGUUUUUUUGAGCUGCGCCUGAAGUGAUAUGUAUCUCAUGUACUGUCCAAAAUCAUUACUAGCAAUUAUGAUGGGAUUGUAAGAUACAAAUGUAUGAUGUUUAUCUUCUGCAUGUUACAUAAACUUAUUUUUGUCUUUACUAAACUAUAAAUAUACUUUUAAAUGUAUGCAAGAAAACACAUUUAUAUUUAUAAGGUUAUAAUGUCAUCAGAAGCUAUAAACUCUGAUUAUCCACGAUGCGUUAACUGUUUAUUGUAUUUUGCGGGCUAAAUCACAAAUCCAGGGUUUACUCACUGCAUAGUCCAAACUCCAAAGAGUUAAUAGAUGCGAAUUAUAUUCCACCGAUAUAAUGGCUGCGAAUUAUAUUCCACC